AUGAAUCAAUUACGGCAGCCAAAGGAUCUAUCAUCGGGAAAGGAUUGGACUAGAUGGAAAAGUGUGUUCAACCUUUACAUGAUAGGAUCAGGUGCGAUUAAACUAAAAGAAGAAGAAAAAAUAGCAAUUCUCUUACAUUGUAUUGGUGACGAAGGAAGAACAGUAAGCGAAACUUUUGAAUUUACGGAAAAGGACAGGACAUAUGAUACCUUAAUUAAAAAAUUUGAUGAAUACUAUGUGCCAGCGCUAAAUGAAAGUGUAGAGACUUUCAAAUUCAACAGUCGAGUUCAAGGUGCAGACGAAACAUUUGAAAAAUUUGAAACAGAUCUGCGACAAUUAAGCAACAAUUGCAAUUUUGGUUUAUUACGUGAUAGGUUAAUCAGAGAUCGUAUUGUCGCAGGAGUAAAAUGUAAAAUUGUACAAGAUCGACUAUUAAGAACUCCAAAUUUAAUACUGAGUAAAGCAUGUGAAAUUGCUAAAUCAGCGGAGCAAACAAUGGAGCAAGCAGCAGCAAUCAACAACGGACAAGCAACAGAGGUUCAAGCAGUUUUUCAACACCAGAAAACGAACAAAAAAGAACAAAAGCAGAGCAUAUGUGGAAAGUGUGGAAAAAUACAUAACUUUAAAGAAUGUCCGGCAUAUGGAAAACAGUGUCACACAUGCAAAGGUAAUAAUCAUUUUAGCAACAUGUGUUUUAAAAAAAUAAAUAACGGUAAUCCAGCUUAUGUAAAAAACAGAUACGUGAGAAAUAAUAAAAAUAAUAGUAUAAAGAACAGUAAAAAAGUGUAUGAAAUGAAGGAAGAUGAAGUAUUAUUUUUAGGCAACAUAAAUGUAGAAUCGAUAUUAGAUAGAGAUUUUAUAGUAGUAGAUGAGCAAAGUCAACCAAUUAUUGGGUUUGAAACAAUGAUAAAAUUAAAUUUGGUUAAAAAACUAUAUGAAGUAAAUGCAAACAUAAUGGAUGAUCCAAAAUACAAAUCAAUAAGUGAGGGGAUAGGACUCAUGAAAGUAGAAGAGUAUGAUUUUAAAAUACAACCUGGAGCUGUAGGGAAUAUUACGUAUACAAGUAGAGUACCAUUUACGGUUAUAGAUGAAUUAAAAAGGGAGUUAGAAUCAAUGGUAAAUAAUGAUAUAAUUAUUAAAGAGGAAGAACCAACAGAAUGGGUGAAUCCAAUAGUAGUUGUUAAAAAUAAAAAUAAAAUGGGGAUAAGAAUUUGCUUAGACCCAUUUCACUUAAAUAAGGUACUAUUGAGAGAACAUUUUAAUUUACCAACAUUUGAAGAAAUUUCUUCUAAAUUUAGUGGAGCUAAGUUAUUUACAGUAUUAGAUGCUAGUAAAGGAUUUUGGCAACUUCCAUUAACACUGAAGAGUUCAAAAUUGACAACAUUUAUAACUCCAUUUGGUCGGUAUAGGUUUAAAAGACUUCCUUUUGGAAUUAAAAUAGCCCCAGAAGUAUUUCAUAAAACAUUUACUAAAUCUAAAGAAGAACAUGAUGAUAUUUUAAGAAAAGUAUUAGAUAAAGCAUUAAGUGUUGGGAUUAAAUUUAAUAGAGAAAAGAGUCAAAUUGCUGUUAAUGAGGUGAAAUUUUUAGGACAUAUAUUUUCAGUAAAGGGUAUUCAAAUUGAUAAAAGUAAAAUAAAAGCUAUUGAAAAUAUGGUAGAACCCAAAAAUAAAAAAGAUUUAGAAAGAUUCUUAGGUAUGAUGACUUAUGUACAAAAAUUUGUUCCUAACAUGUCUCAGCUAGCAGUACCCUUAAGAGAAUUAUUAAAAAAAGACUGUAAUUGGUAUUGGGGUGAAACGCAAAUAAAAGCAUUUAAUGUAUUAAAAUGUGCUUUAACUUCUGAGCCUUUAUUACAAUAUUUUGAUUUAAAUAAAAAAUGUACUCUAUCGGUGGAUGCAUCAAAAGAUGGAUUGGGAGCAGUAUUAUUACAAAAUGAUUAUCCUGUAGCAUAUGCUUCCAAAACUUUAAAUGAUACACAAAAACAGUAUGCACAAAUUGAAAAAGAAUUGUUAGCUAUUUUAUAUGGUUGUGAAAGGUUUAAACAAUACAUAUAUGGUAAAAAUAUAAAUAUAGAAUCAGAUCAUAAACCACUAGAAACAAUUUUUAAAAAACCACUAGAUAAAACCCCUGCGAGAUUACAGAGAAUGAGAAUUAAAUUAAUGGCGUAUGAUUUAAAUAUAAUAUACAAGCCAGGUAAAUUUUUAAAAAUAGCAGAUACACUGAGUCGUGCUCACAUAAAAGACAAUAUAGAUUUAUGCGAAUCAGAAAUAGAAUUACAGGUGAAUAUGAUUAUAAAAAAAUUAAACAUAUCUGAAAACAAAUUGAGGCAGUUCAAAGAAGAGUUUAAGAAGGAUACAGAAUUUCAAAUGUUAUUAGAAUUUGUUAAACAUGGAUGGCCUUCUAUAAAUAAUAUACCUGAUCAAAUAAAAAAAUAUUUGACGUUCUCAGAAGAACUAUUUGAAAAAGAUGGUUUAUUGUUUAAAGGACAGUGCCUAAUGGUGCCAAAAACUCUAAGAAAAGAGAUGUUAGAUAAAAUACAUUAUACACAUAUGAGCAUAGAAAAAUGCAAAAGUAAAGCGAGAGAAUGUUUAUUCUGGCCAGAAAUGACUAAAGAAAUAACAGAUAAAAUAAAUAAAUGUUCAAUAUGUCAGAGUUUUAGAAAAAAUAAUAGUAAGGAACCAAUGACAGUUAGAGAUUUUGGAGAUAACCCGUGGGAAAUAGUAGGUACUGACAUUUUUCAAUAUCAGAACAGGCAAUAUUUGUUAAUUAUUGAUUACUUUAGUAAAUAUGUGGAUAUAGAAAUACUUGAGGAUAUGAGCAGUGAAACAACAAUUAAUAAGUUAAAAUUGAUAUUUUCAAGGUAUGGAAUACCAUUAGUUUUAUUUUCUGAUAAUGGACCACAAUUUUCUAAUAGUAAUUUUAAAAAUUUUUCUAAGGAAUGGGAUUUUGAACACAAAACUUCAAGUCCUAGGUACCCACAAAGUAAUGGUAUGGCAGAAAGAAAUAUUCAAACAGUUAAAAACAUAUUUAAAAAAGUUGUAGCAGACAAAAAAGAUAUUUAUUUAGCGAUGUUAGAAUUGAAAAAUACACCCAUUCUAAAUGAAAAUUACACACCAAAUGAAAUAAUGUUCAAUAGGAAUGUGAGAGGGAUUGUUCCUAAGAUUUGGACAAGAAAAAUUAACUAUAACUCAGUUAAAAAGGCAAUAACUAGCAAACAAAAAAUUGAUAAAAAACAAUAUGAUAAAAAUGCUAAAAAACUAAUACCAAUAAAGGAAGGUUAUCAUGUUUUUGUUAAUAUGGAUAAUAGGAAACCAUACAUACAUGGAAAAGUGAUUUCGGUAUGUAAAAGACCAAAUUCAUUUGUCAUUAAACUAAGUAAUGGACAGACAGUUGAAAGAAACAGAAAACACCUAAUAUGGGAUCCUGGAUAUGAUUAUGGUGAUAGUAGUGAAAGUGAAAAGGAAUUAGUUAAAGAAAACCAAAACAAAAGUGAAAAGGAAUUAAUUAAAGGAAAUCAAAACAAAAGUAAAAAGGAAAUAGUUAAAGGAACACAAACUAAGAGUGGAAGGGUAAUAAAAAAACCUAAGCAUUUAGAGGAAUACAUAUAA